GGGCGUCCUCUGCCACCGCCCCCUCUUCCCACGGAUGUGAUCUUUGUGGUGGAAAGCUAAGUUUUUAAACUACCCCAAUGGAUGCAGACAGUGAUGUUGCAUUGGACAUUCUAAUUAAUGUAGUCUGUGUUUUUAGAACAAGAUGCCAUUUGAACUUAAGGAAGAUUGCUUUGGAGGGAGCAAAUGUAAUUUAUAAGCGUGAUGUUGGAAAAGUAUUAAUGAAACUUAGAAAACCUAGAAUUACAGCUACAAUUUCCUCCUCAGGAAAAAUUAUUUGCACUGGAGCAACAAGUGAAGAAGAAGCUAAAUUUGGUGCCAGGCGUCUAGCCCGCAGUCUGCAGAAACUAGGUUUUCAGGUAAUAUUUACAGAUUUUAAGGUUGUUAAUGUUUUAGCAGUGUGUAACAUGCCAUUUGAAAUCCGUUUGCCAGAAUUCACGAAGAACAAUAGACCUCAUGCCAGUUAUGAACCUGAACUUCAUCCUGCUGUGUGCUAUCGGAUAAAAUCUCUACGAGCUACAUUACAGAUUUUUUCAACAGGAAGUAUCACAGUAACAGGGCCCAAUAUUGGGAAGGAUCGGCCACUGAAUUUUGACCCUUGCUGCAUCAGCUACUUUACUAAAGGGGAGUACAUUUUACUGGGGGGGUCAGACAAGCAAGUAUCCCUUUUCACCAAGGAUGGAGUGCGGCUCGGGACUGUUGGGGAGCAGAACUCCUGGGUGUGGACUUGUAAAGUGAAGCCCGAUUCCAACUAUGUGGUGGUAGGCUGCCAGGAUGGCACCAUUUCCUUCUACCAGCUUAUUUUCAGCACUGUCCAUGGGCUCUAUAAGGACCGGUAUGCAUACAGGGAUAGCAUGACUGAUGUCAUCGUGCAGCACCUGAUCACUGAGCAGAAAGGUAAAAGGCAGGUUAUCUCUGCUGGACAACAGGAGCCUUCACAGCAGCAACGUCAAAUUGAGGUUUUUAUCUUCCCACUUAAAUCACCAGAUGGCCUCAAGAAAGCCACCAUCAUAUUGAAAGAAAAGUAG